AUGGUGUGCCGUCUUCAUGUUCAUGAAAGAAACAAUACCCAAGAUCAACAGCUCGGCGGUAGCUCUGUUGUCGUCAGCAAGAUCGUUCGUUUCGGUUUGAAGAAGAAUGAGGCUCCCACAAGGUUUUGUGCCUCAUCCGGUGGCUGGAAUCAUCUCAUAGGGGAAUGCGCUUGCAAACCUGGGUUUAGCAGUGAGCUCCUAAGGAAGAGGGAAUAUCUGUUGGUGAACAAAAUAGUUCAAAAACCAUUCUUUAUGUGCUACCUCUAAACAUUUCGUGGUUCUUUCUGAGAAGGACAAGCCCACACUCGAGCACCUUGGGCGCUUUUGCAGGUUCGCCUCACACAAACGGAGAAUCUGGAUGGCAUUAACACUGACUUGACAUUACGCUUGAGAAGAGGACAUUGAAGCCAAGUACAGUUGGUAGAUCUCCGCAUAGAAUGUCCUGAUUUCAACCCAAAACGAAAUGGCGGUCGUUGGUAUAAUAAAGACUCUGACGAGACAUUGCAGAAAACAACUCUUAUGCAUCUUAC